AUGUGGCUGCAGUACGGCAACAAGAUCCCUCGAUGUGCCCAGCUGCGCAACAAUUGCCUCAGAUUUUGCCACGUUUACAUAAGUUGUGCCGCUGUUCGUAUUACCCUGGUGGAUACAGAGGGAAAAGAAGACAACGAUGACAACAACGACGACGACGACGACAACAACGACGACAACAACGACGAGAAGGACGACGGCAAGGACGACAACAACGAGAAGGACGACGGCAAGGACGACGACACGGACCUGCAGGCACUCCCAUUCUCAACAAAGUGGGUUCUAUCGUGGUGGUUUUCAAGCUUCCCGGCAACAGACAUGAUGGGAGAUCAAGAUCAUCAUCAUCACCAAACAGCCUUCCUGGACAAUACUGAAGACAGGCGCAGACUUUUUCGGGACAUACAAGAGGCAGACUACCUGGUCGACGGCACUAACCCCAAGCAGUAUGAAAAGUUGUCGAAGGAUCGUUUCACCAGAGAGGCCUGGUCUGUCUAUUGGGCCGCUCCGUACGACGAACUCAUCCGUCUUCGCGAUGAAAUCAGACGGGGACUAGUCACACAUUACUCCAUGCGUAUGAAUCUUCUCCUGGUCACGCAAGAUUUGCCUAGGCUCUUAGCUCUUGUGUACCAUGAGGUAUACGAUCAUAACGGUACACAGGAACAGAUUGAGCUCGCACAUGAAUGUGCACUCAAGCUCGACUCCCUCACAUUGUUGUUCGGGUAUACGAAAGCGAAGGAGUAUCAAGACGCUCUGGCUUCCGCCGCUCUCCGGGGACCACCGCCGGACCCUAUCCUGGCCGAUCUCAGAAAGAGGGCAACUGUCAUGGCCUUCCUCCUUGAAGCAGCCCAGGCCGGCCAUGUGACAGACGAUAUCUUGGAAGAAGAAGCUGUGAGGGCAGUGACGUCUUCCCAAGAACCUGAUGUGAUGGAAGCGCAUUUCCGGGAGCUCAGACGCAUCCACGAGUCCCAAUGGCAACAAAAGAAACGCGAAGAAAGAGCGGCGAGGAACAACAGCAUUUCCUAUCUCGACAACAUCUCAGGUAGACAGGAGAUUCUGGAGCAGAUCCAGGAGGCUGAGUACCCGGUCCAGAUUCCAAUCACACCUACCACCAGGUUCUCCAAACUUGAAAAGAAAUACUUCUCCAAGGCGGUAUGGUCCGCUAUUUGGGUCACUCCCUUCAAUAGUCUGCAAGACUUCAGUCGCAAGAUCAGCCGCCAUGAAAUCAGAUGGUUCGAUAUUCGCAACCUGUUUCUCGCCAUUACGGAUGACUUGCCUGACGUGAUGGACAUUGUCAACAACCGCAAAUACGGCAAUCCCCAAACCCCACAAGUCGCGUCCUCCCCCAAUAGUCUUCGUACUGCCACUCCUGGUCUCAGCUCCCGUCUGUCGCUAGCAUCUGCAGAUCCGCCGCAGGAACUUUCCCUAGGAUCUCCAGCUACGGAUUUGCAAAAUGAGCCACAGACCCCGCAGAACCCCCCCGGUCCUGCUUCCCCGACGACAGGAAAAGGCUCUAUUGCUUCUACCAAGAGCCCUCUUUCAAGAAACCCAUUGGGCCCAACUACCCCAACCAAGGUUCAGAAAAGGGGCACUAUGAGUGGCAGCGGCUCAAGAGGCAGCACAAGAGACAGCCCGGGAGGGUCGAGUACCAAAUCUCCCAGUCUCAACCCCCCUCGGAGCGUGACAAGCCGCGAUAUUGUGGGCAGAAAAGUAAUAUCUAAUGGCGAUGUGGUUGCUGACCGACUCCAGGCUCACGAAAGAGAUGAUUACAAGUGUCGUGCACUGGGUACAGAACACAACGAGGUGGCCCACGCCUACCCACAGAAGAAAAUUGAGCACGCGGGAGUUUGUGCCCGAAAGAUAGAGUGUCUUGCGUUCCUGUUCGGUCAACAGAAGAUUCAGGAAUAUCAGGAUGCUCUACGCUCGAGCUACCUGGAAAGCCCAGUGAAUGUCAUCGCUCUCGAUGAAGGUGUACGCACCAUGUGGGACCAGUGCAAGAUCACGCUAAGAGUCAAAUCAUUCAACGAGAACGAAGUGAAUCUGGCACUUCAUUAUCUCCACGAAUCGGAGCUGAGGAACAGGACGAGAGCCCCAGCACGAUACAGGUGGGAGAAUGAUCUCACGGUGACCCCUGCGGACGUACUUUUUGAUUUGACGCAAAAGCCGAGCGUCUUGGGGGAAUCGAGUGUCUCCGACGAGAAUACCAUCUUCAGCGGACCCGCGGACGUGGACCUGGUCUCUACGGCUACACAGCAACAUUUUCAAGAUGGAAGCACGUUCAAAGUGUAUGCGGAAGAUCCAAAGUUGCGCCCUGAUCCAAUUCUGCUCGAUCUACGCGACAAACUUGCUGUGAUGGCGUCCCUCUUGGGCGCCGCCGAAUACAUGGACGACGACGACGAUCAUGGCAAUGACAGUGAGGGAACGAGACAAUCGGCGGUCGAUGAAGCCGAAGACUAUCAAAGUGUUGAUGGGGAUAUUUCCGACAUGGGCGAGGAUCUUUACAUGGAUGAUGACAACUAUGGGUAUGAUUCAGAUGAGUGA